AUGGAGGCACAAUUGACAGACGAGGAACUUCAGCAGCUGCUUCAGGACCUUGAUAAAAUUCCUCCAGAUAACUUGCCCGUGGACGACAUCCAUCCCUUUAGUUCUUAUGAGACCACCGCAUUGACGGACUUUAUCAGCUUCCCCUGUUAUGAUGGCUAUUCUCCAGAUAUUCCAAAAGCAGAUGGCGAGAGAGAAGCUAUGCGGAAGAGAAUUGAGCAGUUGGAGAAACAGAAUGAGUCGGUCUUGAUGUAG